AUGAAACCAUUUGCAGUAAAGGAUCGUGAAUGCCGUUUAUGCAUGCGAUACCGCAGAGUUAAACCGCUGGAUACCGAAAUAGUGCGCAAAAUUGGAACCUGCUUCGGAAUACACAUCAAUCUCGACGAUGCCACGUUGCCCCGAAACAUUUGUAGAACGUGUACGGAUAAAGUAUUAGAGGUCAAGAUGUUCCGCGACUUCUAUAUCGCUGUGCAAGCCAGGCUGUUUAUAAGGCGCUCGAACCAUUUGGUUCGCAUCGAAAGACAACCAUUGGUUCAGGUUUUUCUAUCAGAUCAUGAAACUCCAAAAUAUAUACAUCCCACAAACAAACCCAGUCCAAGAGAAAGCAGGCAACCAACGAAAAUCUCGACGCCCCGCAACGAAAGGGAAAAGGCUAAACCGUCCGAGGAAUGUAUUCCCCGCAAAGCUUGCCCGCAUACCGUGUCCAUGCAUCGUGCUAUCUCUUCCCCUCGUUCACUUCAUGCCGGACCGGAUAUCCCGACAUCUACAGAACCAGCUCUUCCACGACACCAAGCAUCUCCCUCUUCCGCACCCGAAUGUCGUCCGACAACGGAUGAUAGUUUCCCAACUGUCGUCAAACCAUCGGACACUGUAUCACUAGUGGAUGUACAUGAAGAUCCAUCGAACGAAACAGCGGAAACGGAAGAUUUCGAAGAGCUCUUACAAAGAGAGGUUUCUUUGUCGGCGAAUAAUAUCGCUUCUGUCGCCAUUGAAAAAUUGGAACUGGAAGUAUUGGAAACGGAUGAACAGCAGAUAGAAGUGCUGGAAACGGAGAUGGAAGCCGUUCUACAUGGAAAAGAGGAGCUCGGUUCUGCCGAAAUUCUUGAUAUAAAAGAAGAACAUAUCGAUGAAAACGAGUUCGAUUCCACUGAAGAGUUCGAUUCGGAUCAUAUCCGAGCGAAUGCGCCAUCGACCGUGGAAGUUCUAGAGACAAACGUGAAAACGGAAGGCGCUGAUAGUAGUGCCGUUCAGCCUAAACAGUCCCGACUGCCGGGUCCGGAAGCUCGGCGAAAAAGGCGAAAGAAAAUAUCUGGCUCCGAGCUGUACAAAUCGCUGCUAACCGAUUGCAGCAUGUGUGGUAAGAAGAUUGAGCGCAAUCGGUUGGAAGGGCACAUGAACCGACACUAUGGCCGCCGCCCGUACAGCUGUCCGAUGGAGGGAUGUCCCGCACGAUUCCACUGUAAGCACGCGUGCCGUUUGCACGUUCGUUGUCGCCAUGGAUCGCAAACGUUCAAGUGCGAAACAUGUGGCAAGGAGUAUAAAGCGCGUCGCGACCUUUUAGGCCAUAUCAGGGAAACGCACGUAGAGCCGAAAUUUAGUUGUGACGUUUGCGGAAAAAUGUUCACCACAAGAUCUCGACUGAAACAGCAUCGGUUCUAUCACACAGGCGAGCGAAACUACCCGUGCCAUGUGUGUGACAUGCGCUUUUACAGCAAUUUCCAGCUGAAAGUUCACAUGCGAACACACACAAACUCUUUCCCCUAUGCGUGUAGCGUUUGUAAAAAAGAUUUUCGCUACCGGCACAUGGCGAAGGACCAUAUCUCGAAAGAUCACGGUAUCGAUACAACACUGCAAAAGGAUUGGAUCAUACAGUACCCGGAACCGGAUCCGGAAGAGGUGGAGGUGGUGAAUGCCGAAAAUAAUAUGGUACGUUACAAUAUUCAGCGACUCGAGGAGCCAGACGAAGACUUUGAGGAUGGG